ACGUCCCAUCAUUGCCUGAAUUGAGGCAAUGAAUGCAAUAUACUGACAAUGUAGAAUUGCCGACUUUACAUGAACCGAGAACUUAUAUUCAUAUUUCUAACUAGCAAAUUAUGUCGUCGAUAAUAUGGGGACAUUUGUCUACAUUUUCAUAAGGAUCUCGCUGAAAAUAAGUGUUUUUGCCAAAGCAAAGAAUUAGAUUUCGCCACCCCCUCGUGGUCCCCGUCCCUCCUCCCAGCCCUGUCUUGGAGGGGCUAGUGACGAGUGGUUUGGUCCUUUUUCGUGUUAGAUUCACAUCAACUAGCAAUGAUGCUUCGACAUUUUCUAAAUGUGAGGUAAACUGUUGGCAUAGUUUGCUAACGUUACGUAUCAAUGUAAGGAAAGGAGGGCCACUUUAACGAAUGCAUCAAUCAAACAUUAAUUUAAACCAGUGAGAUUGGAAUUUGAAGACGGAGACCCUCCGACCCUUUCCCCCGAACCUGGAUAUCGGAAUGGUGUGUCGUGACCCCAGUGGGUUGGGAAAUGCACCAUGUUUAUACGCGCUAUGAGCCGGACAGUCAUGUCUGGCUUGGAGCACCGCUAAUCUGGACACUUCCGGGGAGCCCACUACCCGCUCCGUGGGCACCACUGCCAACUUGAAGGGGAAGAUGAGCAAGAGGCUGUCUAUUGUGAAAGGUCACUUCCCUAAGCUUGUUGACUGUGCCCACUUCCACUAUGACAAUGUGGAGUUUUGCUCCAUCGAGUUGCAGUUUGCGAACGAGCAGAGCGAUGCCAGCUGGAUCUUGGGCUCUGCCAAAGACCUGGUUUUCCUGGUGCAGGUGUCCUGCCAGGCUAAGACGUGGAUGGUUCGGCGCUCCUAUGAGGAGUUCCGUACUCUGGACGCUCACCUCCACCAGUGUAUCUACGACCGGCGUUACUCCCAGCUGCUGCCCCUGCCACCCCUCAGCGAGAUCGGGGACAGGGUAGAGAUCUUCACCCCGCUGCUGUCGGAGUACCUGAGCCGCCUCACCAUGAUCGUGGACAACAAGCUCAACUGUGGGCCUGUGCUCACCUGGAUGGAGAUUGACAAUCGUGGGAAUCGGUUCCUCCUGAAAGAGGAAGCUUCGCUCAACGUUCCCGCCAUCGCCGCUGCUCAUGUCAUCAAGCGCUACACGGCGCAGGCCAGCGACGAGAUCUCCAUUGAGGUGGGAGAUAUCCUGUCUGUAAUUGAUAUGCCACCCAAAGAGGACUCCAACUGGUGGAGGGGGAAGCAUGGCUUCCAGGUGGGCUUCUUCCCCAGUGAGUGUGUGGAGCUCAUCAGCGAGAAGCCUCAGUCCACCGCUAAAAUAGAUGGAGAUCCAGCCAACGCCAGCGCACCAGGACCUCCCUCUCCUACAUCCGUUUCUAAGAAGCACGGCAAGCUGAUGGGAUUCCUGCGCACCUUUAUGAAGUCCAGGCCCACCAAGCAGAAGCUCAAACAGAGAGGCAUUCUUAAGGAGAGGGUGUUCGGCUGUGACCUGGGAGAGCACCUCCUCAACUCAGGACUGGACGUUCCACAGGUUCUGAAGAGCUGCUCAGAGUUCAUAGAGAAGCAUGGUGUGGUGGACGGCAUCUACAGGCACUCUGGAGUCUCCUCCAACAUUCAGAAACUCCGACAUGAGUUUGACAGUGAGAACGUUCCAGACCUGACCAAGGAUAUGUACAUGCAGGACAUCCACUGUGUGGGGUCCCUGUGUAAGCUCUACUUCAGAGAGCUGCCCAACCCCCUGCUCACCUACCAGCUCUACGACAAGUUUGCUGACUUUAUGGGAGAGAUGACGGACGACGAGCGCAUGGUGAAAGUACAUGAUGUCAUCCAGCAGCUCCCACCACCACACUACAGGACCCUGGAGUACCUCGUUAGACACCUGGCUGGUCUGGCCACCUGCAGCGGAGAGACCAACAUGCACAUCAAGAACCUGGCCAUUGUCUGGGCCCCCAACCUGCUCAGAUCUAUGGAGAUCGAGGCGGUGGGUCUGAGUGGUGCUGACCCGUUUAAGGAGGUGCGGAUCCAGUCUGUGGUGGUGGAGUUUCUCCUCAGUCACGUGGACGUGCUCUUCAGUGACUCCUUCACCUCUGUAGGACGCUUCACAGGCACAGAGGAUUACAUUGAGCCAGAACCACCAGGGCGGCACUCUCUGACCAGGCCCAAGUCCUUUGUCUCCACCAGGCUGCUCUCCCUAGAAGAGGCCCAGGCCAGGACACAGGCUCCUCUGCUCCUCCAAGGGGCACCAGUCCAGUUCCAGGGCCAGUUCCACACCGUGCUGGACCACCCUGUCGACAGGAGGAAGAGAGGGAUGAAGAUACGGAAGGCAGCUGGAGGGAGCUGGAAGACAUUCUUUGCGAUCGGGAAGCCUCCGGGGGCGGGGCGACGUAAACCAAUGAGGAUUAGCUCCCUGUUCCAGCCCGCCACCUCACACGCAGGUUGUCGUGUGGACAGUGUGACCCUGCGUUCAGCUAAGAGUGAGGAAUCCUUAUCGUCCCAGCACAGUGGAGCAGGACAGUCGAAGCGUCUGCGGCGGCCCCGCUCCAGUAGUGACGGUCUGUCUUUGGCUGCCUCCAUGGACCCUCAGCACCUGCCCCAGCGCCCCCCGUCCCGCCUGCCUUCCAGCCGCUCGUAUGAUAGCCUGUUGCCUGAGGACCGCCGGCCCAGGGAGGAUGGAGACAAUGAGGAUGAAGACGAGGAAGGCAUCUACAUGCUGCCUGACUUCUCCAACCAGGACCCGGCUGCUUCCUGGAUGGCCGAGGACGUCAUUGACUUCAGCCCCACCUUCCUGGAGGACGGACCAAUCGGCUUGAGCAGCAGCGCAGUCACCGCGGGCGGCAGGGAGUCCCCGCCCACUGCCACGCCCCCUCCUUACCGCUGCCUCAGCCACCAAGGACACUCUCACUCCAGCAGCCAGCGCUCAAUCACAGAGGACCCCGACUCGGUGCUCAACCAAUCGGAUGCGGCCGUCAGGAGGAGUCUGAUCAUCGCCGCCACAGCCCCGCCACCUCAGGUGUUCUGUCAACACAGACCGGCCAAUACCAGCCCAUCUGCCGGCCAAUCAGGGGAAGGCUCCAACCUGAGUACCUCAAACAGCCAGGGCCAGCCCACUACACCUGUGACCUCUGCCCCCCCUGCUCAGCCCCCACCAGAGAGAAGAUCUUUCACCCGGAAGAUGGUGAACGCCUUCUCACAAAAAGCCCCCAAGUCCCCUACACUGGACAUCUCUGACCCUGUAUCCAUCAGCGUCCCUGCUAAGGUGUUGGACAUGAUUGGCGGGCGAGCUGGUGAAUUACAGCCUGGCAUCCCGAGCAGCGGCCCCUCCCAGUCACAGCCUCCUCAGAUGAUCUCCAUGCUGCUUCGGUCAUGUGACUUCCAGCUGACGGAGAGCUGCCAGCAGGAGAUCCGCAGCAAACUGGGCCCCGAGGCCAAGAUCAGAGGACAGGGUAUAAAGGAACCCACCGAUGCCCCCCUGCUCUCCCAGCCUCCCCCUCCACCUCCUAAAAACCCAGCACGCCUCAUGGCCCUGGCCCUGGCUGAGAGUGCCAACAAGGCCCUGAGACAGGGCGCCUCGCCCCCCUACCGCCCCCCUCAGUCCCGGUCCCAGGACGUAGCCGGCACCCGCUACCAGAGUUCCCUGUCUGCCGACGCAGGAGAGCUGCUGUCCUCUGACCCCAAUCAGCUCUACUCCACAGUGCGCCCCCUGUCUGUGUGGAUGACCGAGGGAGAGGGAAACGCGACAGAGACUGCAGCAGAUACAGGACAUGGCCAGGGUUGGAGGACUCCAGGACAGGAUACGGAGACGCUGUCCUCUGAGACGUCUGACUCUGUGGCGUCCAACUCGGAGCUGUCUGGUGGGAGCGCCUCUGGAGACGACCAGACCCCCAGCCCCAUCUACAAGAACCAGAAGCAGCUGCCCCAGUCACAGCUACCCAAACCAGUCCAGUCUGGGGAGAGACCUAGCCCCACUGAGUCCCGGUCUCAGAGGAAGCCCCCAGCCUACUCACGCCAGUUCUCUGCCCCUCACCUCCAACAGAAAUCAACCUCCACCCAGUCUAAGCUGUCCUCGGCCCACCCCCAGCUCCUGCACUCCAAAUCAGAGUCCCCUCUGACUCAGGUCUGUGCUUUCCAGCCCACCCGCCCCAAAGUACCCCCUAAGCCCCUGGAUCUGGAGCGUCCCCACAGAGCACCACUGGCCCAGAAUGAGAUGCGUCGCUCCCUGGACUCAGGGCGCAUCAGGCGGAUCUUUGGUCAGCAGGGGAACCCUCCUCUGGCCAGGGCCUUCUCAGAGCGUCUGAGUGGAGCUCCAGACCACCUCGCCCGCUACCACGCAGCCAGGGCAGCCAGCCAACCAUCCCCGGGUCAGCAGCCCCCUCAGCAGGCCCAGAUCCGGCCCGUGCCCCUCUCCUCCACCUCAGAGGACCAGGGAAAGAUGGAGAACUUCUACUACGAGAUCGCCGGGCCUGAGAACCCGCAGGGCCCCCCCAGCUACGCCCGCCACAGCUACCAGAACAUGAGGCUGGAUCUGGAGGAUAACUUCCGACCGGCCCCCCACCCAGAGGCCAACAAAAGGCCCAUCUACCGGGGGCAUCACCAACCCCAGCCUCUCCACCACAACCAGGGUGGACCCAGAGGGGACAGGGGGCCCCAGCUCUGGUCCAAAGAAGCCACGCGGGCUUGGGCAGCUGCCCACUCCCAGUCCCACUCAUUCUUCCACGGACACUCCCACUCUCACCACCACUCCCAGGACGGCUCCACCCACCACCAUCACCCCUCUCACCACCACCCCCGGCUCCAGACCUCCUCCUCAGUCCGGCAGGCCCGUAGUGAGAUGCACCCCCUCCCCUCCUCCUCCAUGGUUCCCCUGGCGCUCUACCAGCACCAACGCAACCUCCACCGCUCCAACAGAUCAGCCUCCACAGACCUCACCUCCUCCCAGCUACACCCCUAUUUUGAAAACGGGAAGGUGUGCUAUCGUAAGCCAGAGGAGGCUCCUCUGAGUCUGAGCCAGCCUCCCCAGGGCAAGUCUCUCCAGGGCCAGCCAUCCCAGCCCUCCCCUCCCCAGUCCCACAGACCAACCUCCAAGGACCUGUCUGAGCCCAUCUACGUCAACUUCCCUUUCCCCAGCCCCUCUACUGGGGCCCAAAACACAAAGAGCUGGACCAGCACAGACCUGGAUGGAGACUCUACACAAGAUUCUGAACCUCUUGCCACGCCAAACCCAGAGGAUCAGAGACAGUCCUCCCCCCGCCUGGCCCCUGACCAGGGAGGCUCCACCAGCGUUAGCCUCACCCCCUCCACUCCAGACAGCCCAGCCGCCCACAACGACUCGGCCGCAACGACCCCAGGGAGCAUCCAGGAGAGCAACUUCCUCCCAGCUCGCACAGCGUCUACAUCGACAGGGAUCCACUACCGCAGCCGCUCAGACCCCCAGAGCUCCAGCUGCAGUACGGAGCCCAUCCCGGGCCUGUCGGGGAAGGAGAUCGCCUCCCUGCUGAUAGAGAAGCUGGCUGAGGAGGAGAGGGCUGAGGGUCCCUCCACAGUCACCUCCUCCUCUGCCAGCUCCUCCCCUGCCAUGGAGCACCCUGCCAACCCCUACCCCAGCCAGCAGCACAACCAGCCCCCGUCUGCUUAUAAUGUCUACACCCCGGGCCCCUCACUGAUCAGGGCUCCUCAGAGGGCCGGGGCAGAGGGCUUCCAACGCCUAGACCCACUCCGGAGGUCCUCGCCCGGGGGCCAGUACAGGCAGGCCUUUGACGUCAUGCCCUCAGGCGAUCAGGUGCUCAAAUACUACCGGACCCAAGACUUUACCCCUGGGCCCCAGGGAGAGCACCAGAGCUCUGGCGCUAACCCCUACCCCCUUCGGCAGCACUACCAGGAGCCCCCCUACCCCAUCCAGAGCCCCCAGGACCCCUGCUCCUCCAGCUACCCCAGCCAGCCCCUCUUGGAGCCCUCCGACUCCCCGUCUGCAGCCUUCUCCAACCUGACGCUGGGAGCCCCCAGGCCCUACCCCAGCCAGCCAGGAGGCCUCCAGUACAGCCAGUACCCCUUCCAUCCUGGCCCGAUGCUGGGCCAAUACCCCAACCCUCCCCCCCGCAGAGAUGUGGUCCACGAGGCAGUGCUGCGGCCGCAGGGUCUGAGGAACCAGAGAGGGCUGGCACGGCAGGGCAGUUUACCUGGACCAUCACCCAACUGGACCAUCCAUACUGAGGGUCAGACACGCAGCUACUGCUGAGGAGGAGCGCAAAGUAGACUUUUACACACUGUACCCUAUCAGACUGAAUGUGAAAGAGAGAGAAAGAGCUAGGAAGAGACCAUGUAAAACUCUCAUGGUCCACAGAGAAAGGGAACAGGACGAUAGAAAGCCUUCCUGGAAACGUGAGACAAUCGGUCAUGUUUAGAAAUGGGACCAAUGGCAAGGCAUUCUGGGGUAGCUAGACAUAAAGUCCAGUUUCCUGUUUGAACAUUCCCUGGGGCCUAUCACCAUUUCACACCGGCAACCACUGGACCAAUGAGGAAGAAGAGAUCAAAGAGAUGAACCGAAAAGUGGCUUAGAUUUGAAAACAUUCCAGAGCAGACUGUUGUUUUGAGUGUUGAGAAAGAAAGGCAAAUAGCUGCCAGGGUCUUUUAUGGAUCAAAAUGGGCUUAGGUGGUGUGCGUGGCCAAUGGUGCGGUGGCCGAGCAACAAUUUUAGAGGCCCUUCUGUUGGCCGCAGUGACAAAAUGUAACAGUUUUAAAGCACAUUUUCUCCAAUUCAAAAAAAACUCUAUGGUGGCCCCAUGCCAUGACAAAAACUCCUGACUGCAUCAUUUUAUGAAUUGUAGAUUCUCCCUGUGUCUAGCUUUUAUUUUAGUGAUGGUUAGUUCUCAAAGAUGAAAAUAUAUAGGUCCAUCUUUCUACAUACUUCAUCUCUUUUUAGUAAUUUAAGUUGACACUGAACAUUUCUUAUCCCGACAAUGAUUUAUUAUUUAAAAAUGAAAUAUAUAUACAGUAUAUAUAUAUAUAUAUAUCAGUACCAGUCAAAGGUUUUGACCCAGCUACUCAUUCAAGGUUUUUAUUUAUUUUCUACAUUGUGGAAUAAUAUUGAAGACUUCAAAAAUAUUAAUAACACAUGGAAUCAUGUAGGAAUCAAAGUGUUAAACAGAUUUUAGAUUCUUCAAAGUAGCCACCCUUUGCCUUGAUGACAGCUUUGUGCACUCUUGGCAUUUUGUCAACCAGCUUCACCUGGAAUGCCUUUCCAGCAGUCUUGAAGGAGUUCCAACAUAUGCUGAGCACUUGUUGGCUGCUUUUCCUUCACUCUGCGGUCCAACUCAUCCCAAACCAUCUCAAUUGGGUUAAGGUCGGUGAUUGUGGAGGCCAGGUCAGCUGAUGCAGCACUCCAUCACUCUCCUUCUUGGUCAAUUAGCCCUUAUACAGCCUGUAGGUGUGUUGGGUCAUUGUCCUGUUGAAAAACAAAGGAUAGUCUAAGCGCAAACCAGAUGGGAUGGCGUAUCGCUGCAGAAUGCUGUGGUAUCCCUGCUGGUUAAGUGUGCCUUGAAUUCUAAAUAAAUCACUGACAGUGUCACGCACCAUCACACCUCCUCCAUGCUUCACUGUGGGGACUACACAUGCGGAGAUCAUCUGUUCACCUAUUCUGCGUCUCACAAAGACAUGGCGGUUGGAACCAAAAAUCUAAAAUUUGGACUCAUCAGACCAAAGGACAGAUUUCCACUGGUCUAAUGUCCAUUGCUCGUGUUUCUUGGCCCAAGCAAGUCUCUUUUUCCUUAUUGGUGUCCUUUAGUAGUGGUUUCUUUGCAGCAAUUCGACCAUGAAGGCCUGAUUCACGCAGUCUCCUCUGAACAGUUGAUGUUGAUUUGUCUGUUACUUGAACUCUGUGUGGCAUUUAUUUGGGCUGCAAUCUGAGGUGCUGUUAACUCUAAUGAACUUAUCCUCUGCAGCAGAGGUAACUCUGGGUCUUCCUUUCCUGUGGCGGUCCUCAUGGGAGCCAGUUUCAUCAUAGCGCUUGAUGGUUUUUGCGACUGCACUUGAAGAAACUAAAAGUUCUUGAAAUGUUCCGUAUUGACUGAACUUCAUGUCAUAAAGUAAUAAUGGACUGUCGUUUAUCUUUGCUUAUUUCAGCUGUUCUUGCCAUAAUAUGGACUUGGUCUUUUACCAAAUAGAGCUAUUAUCUGUAUCCCACCCCUACUUUGUCACAACACAACUGAUUGUCUCAAACGCAUUAAGAAGGAAAUAAAUUCCACAAAUUAACUUUUAACAAGGCACACCUGUUAAUUGAAAUACAUUCCAGCUGACUACCUCAUGAAGCUGGUUGAUAGAAUGCCAAGAGUGUGCUAAGCUGUCAUCAAGGCAAAGGGUGGCUACUUCGAAGAAUCUCAAAUAUAAAAUAUGCUUUGAUUUGUUUAACACUUUUUUGGUUACUACAUGAUUCCAUAUGUGUUAUUUCAUAAUUUGGAUGUCUUAACUAUUAUUCUACAAUGUAGAAAAUAGUAAAAAUAAAGAAAAACCCUUGAAUGAGUAGAUGUGUCCAAACUGUUGACUGGUACUGUGUAUAUCAUAAUAUAUAGUCCUUUUUAUUUUUUACAUAAGCGGCCCGGAAAAGCACUUAGGCAGCCCGCCCAAGACUUUUCUAUGCAGAAAAAACCCUGGCUGCUGUACAUUUUAACAGAUGAUUUGGUGUUCUGCACAGUGGUUUGAUUGGGUUUGCCUUGUUUGUUUUUUACACGGUUGUAGUACUGAGAGAGGACUCCACGGGGAAUUAACCUCGGUCUUUCUCAUUUUUAAAUAGAAGAACCUCAAAUGCUGCUGAUUUGGUUUAGUGGUUUUCAGAAGCUUGAUUUUACAUGUUUUAUUUAUUUUAUAUUUUGUUUCAAGGAAUGCAUGUAAUAUAAAUCAUUUGUUUGAAAUAAGUCUGUCGUUCCACCAAUUCGGUACCUUUUGAUAUGUAUAUUGUUUGUUGAUUUCACCUACUUUUAGACAUUCUAUCAUAAAGAGUACAUGUUCAACUUAAUUUAAAAAACAUGUUUUCCCAUCGAGGUUGAAUAAAUAAAAAAAAUACUAUUGUAAGUGCCAAAUAAAGUGCCAAAUAAAGUAACAGGCUUGACGAUUUUAUCUUAAAUCAGCCAUAAAUCCCCUCGUGGCAGAGGAUAUGUAAGCUUGUUGUGUGUAGCAGGGAGGGGCGAUUGAAUGCAAGCUUCACAAAACAAAACAAUUCUUAUAAAAUGUCAAGCCUGGGCAUCUAUGGUUAACAGGGUUGACGUGUUAUGCUCGGCCCGCUCAGUUUUCCACUGCAAAACACCAGAAAUGUUUUCAGAAGAACCAGCUCACCUGCUCUUACUCAAUUAUUUGGACUAAUAGAUGUUCAAUGUGUUUUUAUUAUUUAAAAAUUAAUAUUAUUUUAAAAGUUUCACCAUAUUAAAACAAGAGUUCACAUGACCGGGUUGAGCUUAAAAUUAGGGAAAGGUUUAUUUUUUUCCUUAAACUGAAUGACUAAUUGCAUUUAAAUGAAUAGUCUUCAGAAAUGACUGUCAAAGCAACAAAAUAACUAGGGCUUUACAAUGAUGGAGAAAUGUUCAUCUUCUUGAAGUCACAGAGACAUCAAAUGCAGAAUUUUUAUUCAUAUAAAAAAUAUAUUUAUUGAAUUUUCCGUGUGGUCUAUAUUAAAGGGCACUUCAUCAAAUAUAACGCUGUUAAAUGUUGUACUUCAAAUAUCAAAGGGACGCAAAAGGCACUUAUUUUGUGGAACGACCCAAGUAGAAUUUGAUUGUUUUAAUUUUUAUCCCUGGACAGAAUGUGAGUGUGUGAAUGUAUGUACGCAUGUCUAAAUGUGUCCAUGUAACCAAUGACGAGUGUCUCUCAUGGUGAGCUAAAAAGCACAUAAUUCAUCAAAUGAAAAACUGAAACAAAACAUUGCCUUCUGUUUUAGGGAAACUGUUUUUACAGACAGUACUUUGUCGUUUUAGGAUUAGUGGUACUACACUAGUUUGUGCUGUCAUUCUGAAUCCUGUGUGUGUGUGUGUAUCUCUGACUGAUGGCAGAAAGUUUGUACUGUGCGUCUUAUCUAAUGUACUUAUCCUUGAAGGAUGUUUUUGUACAUGUUAAAAAAUCUAACGGAUGCUUUUAUCCAAAGUACUGUGCUGAUAAUACAAUACCACACACUGGUCCUCGGUUGUUUUUCUGUAUCCGUGUUGGUUGAAUACAACAGAAGCACCCCACAUGUCCUUACCUCCAUUUUGGGAGUUGUACUCACUGCCUGCCCCUAUGCAACGUAUCCCUGACACAUACAACACAUUACUAAAGGUGUGAUGUGAUGAUUCAGUGGAGGCAGAAACCACAUACUGUAUGUGUUUGUCAUUCCAUUAACAAACCACCAUGUCUUAAUUCAUGUCUCUCCCCUAUUCUGGCGUUAGGACUGCAAUACUGGUAUUGGACAUCAGGGGGAGACACUUCAUCUUGGUAGAUCAUUACCUGGACUGUAAUGGUUUUUGCACAGACUUCCACUAUAUUGAACUGUGUGUGUGCGCAUGUAUAUCACUUCAAUAAUGUCGCUAUGACUGUGUCGGUUACAAAACUGGUUCAAUCCUUUCCCAGUCGUUGGUAUGUCUCACUGUCUUUGGAUACUUUUCCAUCGCAGAUAGACAAAUGUCCCAGUGUAGUUGUAUUGUAGGAGAGCUAAACAAAGGACAAGGUUGUGUUAGGCUAGUUUAGCUUAGCAGUGCUGUCCAUUGAACAUUGGGAACUAUACAUCUUUUCAGGGGUGUUUCCUCAACUGUGUUGUAAUGCUGUGAUACCACUGUAAUGAAGUGCAAGGGAAGGACGAGCUGUUUUGUAACAGGGUAAGAAUGUGAAAUAUGGUGUCCGUAUUCCUCACGGUGCCACUUCUGAGAUAUACUUUUUGGUUUUUGUUCAACGUGCCUUUUUGAUGAACAAUCAUUUGGUUCCAUGAAGCAUGUUAAGGCGGUAACUUUCUCUCUCUAGGUCCGGGCUGGUAACAUUGAAUGGUAUCUUGCCAUGGUAUCUAGCUCUACUAUGAAGGUUCAAGGCAGCACAGAGGACCUGGUACUCUUAGUGUCCCUAAACUCCUUACAUUAGAUGAAAGAAAAUUGCACAUUUUUCAUUAAACUCCCUAAUGACUCUGGACUUGGGCUUUUUGAAGGAUAAUUGUUUGUGUGCACGCAUGUGUUCUGUUACUGUGUGUGUGUGUGUGUGUGUGUGUGUGUGAGAGUAUGGUCCUGUUGGUCUAUAAGCAUGCAUCCCUCCCUCCCUCUUCUCUUUUAUAUCUAUGCAGUGACCUAGUACAUUGAAGUCCAUACAAGUUGGAAAGACUUAACAUGGCUAUACUACCUAUGUGUGUUUGGGUGUAACCUGAAUUUUCAGUCCAAUACUAUCCCUUUCAGCCUUAUAGCACUUGGCAAAAGGCAGUUAAUCUUAUUUUGUAUUGUUUUCCAAGGUGUGAAUUAAAAACCUGAUGGUUACAUCAAAGAUGAAACAA